AGUAAUUAAUAAAGUUGGGCUGAUCUACUAAUGGGCUGUCUUCCGUUGACUGGGCCGAAGACCAAAGAAGUCCAUUUUGCACCAGUUACUAAAUGGGAAAACGAAUUUAAUUCACUUUCCUUUUAAUUGCAGUAAAUAAAUAUAAAUGCAAAAAAGAAAAAAACACUGUAAGAAAAAAGGAAAAUCCAAAGACAGCGAGAGAUGAAGAAAACAGGCGGAGGCGGCGGAGCAGCCGGAGAUAAAAAGAGGAGCCGGCGUUCGUAUGCCGACUCCGCCACCGACACUCCUCCAAAGAAACAGGCUGUGAAGAAGGACGUUUUUCAAAUAUUCGCCGAGAAAGUAAGGGAUCACAAGGACCUGGAAUCUAGGUGGGCUGUCUUACAGGAGACGAGAGUUGAAUAUUUUAGAGGAAAAGAUUUCGUUAGUUUUCUGAAGAAUCACCCAGAACUCAAAGACCUUCUCGAAUCAGACAAGAACUUAGAAGUUGAAGAUAUCGCAGACAUUCUUCUGAGAAAGAAUCUUGUAGUUCGAUGUGACCGUGUUGUCAAAACUGUUCGUCCUGGAAAGAGAAAACUAUCUACAUGGCCUGCCCAUCUCGAGAUAUUUCCAGACCAAGCGUUUUCGGAUAACGAUGCAUUUUUCGCGUGGACUUUUGUGAACAGAAGACCAUUGUGGCAAACGCUACUCUCGUUUUGCUGGCCUGUUUUAACCCUAGCAAUCUGCUUGUUUCCUGUGUAUCCACACCAAGUCAAGCUAUUCAUACUCUACUUCUGUGCCGGUGUAUUGCUUCUUAUACUCUGCCUCCUUUCGAUGAGAGCCCUCGUAUUUGGAUUUCUAUGGGUCGCUCUGGGGAAACGGGUCUGGUUCUUCCCUAAUAUUCUUGCAGAGGAAGCUACACUUAAGGAAUUAUUCCAGUUUUGGCCCCAAAAAGAUGAGGCCGAUCGCCCAAAAUGGACAGCUAGGCUAUUUUAUGCUACAGUGGCUGUACUCGUAAUUAUGCUAUUGAGGCACCACGCUCCUGAUGAAGCAGCUAGAGCCAGGUACCAUAAGAGGGUGUCCAACAUAAUAGAUGAUGUUCUAGAAUGGUCUCCUAGGCUUGCCUUGUCAGGCAUGAUGGACAAACAAACCGUAGUUAAUGCCACCGAUUCCCAUAACAAUGUUACGGAUGGUGGGCCCGAGACUACGGCCCGGCCCGAAGAUGAUACAGAAGGAGAAACAACAUAUGACCAAUUCGAGGAAGAAGAAAUCAUAAACGCAGGAGACUCUAAAGACCGUUAUUAUUGAACAUCACAAUGAAAUAUGCUACAAUAGGGAUGAAAUCUCGAACUACAGUCUUACUUUUAUGUGUUUUCUUUUGGUUUUCGUUUUACUUUUGUGAUAACAUUUUCUUCAUUAUCAAUCAUCGUAUGUCGUGACUGUAGAAUCUUGUAACGAUAUUAUAAAUAUCUCGAUAUUUAACCCAGAAUUGCUC